GAUAAACCAUGAACGGUUAGUUUGAGGAUGCAUAUGCCUGCACAUUCAUCUGGAGUUCUAGAGGAACAGAUGCUUUUAUGAGCAUCCCAAGAUGUCACAUGCUCUUUGCUCUGCUUCAGCAGCCGAGGCCUGAGUGCGAGCUUCAGAUGCCCCCAAGAGCUCUGGCGCUACACAUCGGACCAGCUUGCAGUUGCAAAUGAAUAAAGCAAAGUGAUGCCUGACCGGGCCCGGGCUGCUGCUGCUUUGGCAGAUUUGGUUGUCUGGCUUUUACUACUGCAAUUAUUGAAUCCUAAAACGCUUUGUAGCUCUGCAUGUGCCGAGUGGUGCUGAGCGACCAACCCGACCACGUUUUGUGGUUUGUGGCUGUGGAGGCCCCGUCCUACCAAAAAGACGCUGCUGCGGCGACCACGUUUUGGCUGAUUAAUAACCUUCUCACGGAAGCUGGGUGUCGGACGCCUGCCUAUGGUGAUGGUGAUUUGGUUUCCAGCAGAUUUGCUGUGGCUGCCAUGUUAUGAGCAUCUCUAGCAGAUCCCUUAAAACAUCCUGACUCACAAAAUAACCAUCAGUUUACGGUUUUCGACGAAAAAAAUGUCCCGAAUAAAAACCAUAAAAGCGUUUGACCCGUAAUUUUUUUUGAUGGGCGCGGUAAAAUCCUCCCUUGAUCCGCGAAAACAAAGCCCCCCUUCCCCUAACUCCUCGCCCAGUCGGUGCCCUGUAUCCCGUGAAAGCGGUUAGUAGGACAUUUCGGCGCGUGCGCUCCCCGUAGCCGCCCGGCGCCCGCCCCGGAUCCGACGAGCCAAGCCACUGCGAUGUCGCCGCCGCCCUGGAUCGACCGCCAUGAGCCACUGCCCACCACGAAUUCACUGAGCCGCCACCGGUCGGCCCCCGCCCCGGAUUCGCCGAGCCGCCAUCGGUCGAUGCCGCCCCGGUGAGCCUCUUUUCUUUCCCUUGUAGCUCGGUCGCAGAAGUUUCGUUGAUGCGAGUGUCUAUGCGUUUUUUUUUGUAGAUGGAUUUGAGCCGUGCGAGCAACUUUUGCUCGAGGAUUCGUGCUCGUCCGACGACUCAGACGUCGAAUCGAUACUCGAGCGCCAUCGUCAGCAGAUGGUUGUGGCGGUCGUAGCCGUGAAGGAGGUGGAGGAUCGAAACCGCAAGAGACGGCCGUCGGCCGUCUUUGCAUCCCUCGCAACCGCCAUCUCGGGAAUAUGAUGUUGAUGCAAGACUACUUCACGGACAAUCCAACCUAUUCGCCGCACCUCUCUCGGAGAAUGUAUCAAUUGCGCUGAUCACUCUUCGUAAAAAAGCUUGCGAAGCCAAUUGCCGGUUUUUUACUCAAAGGAGAAACGUCGCGGGCUUGUUGGGUUUUAGUGCCUAUCAAAAAAAUCUCCGUAGCUAUGCGUGUGAUUGCAUAUGAUAUUCCGGCUGACUAUGCCGAUACUAUAAUUGAGUCAGUGCGUAGGUUUUGUCAAAGUGAUGAUUCGAGUCUUGUGGUCUUGUCUAUCUUCGUGAACCCAACGAGGAAGACACAAUAAAGUUGAUGGCAGCAAAUGAGAAGCAAGGUUGGCCCGGCAUGCUAGAAAGCGUUGAUUGCAUGCAUUGGACUCGGAAAAACUGCCCGAAGGCAUGGCACGGGCAGUAUUGUGGCAAGUCUCGUGAUGCAACAAUUGUGCUAGAGGCCGUAGCAUCCGAGAAUUUAUGUAUUUGGCAUUGUUUUCUUUGUAUGGCGGGUACUUUCAGUGAUAUCAAUGUGUUGCAACGGUCUCAUUUUCUUUGCUGGACUUGCUAGUGACGAUGCUCCAACUUGCAACUUCAUGAUGAAUGGAUAUGAGUAUACAAAGAAGUACUAUCUAGCAGAUGGUAUUUAUUCCUUUUGAUGUACAUUUGUGAAGAGCAUCAAAAGUCCAAAACUGCCCACUGCCGACGUCGACGUCGUGGAGCAUCAAAAGGUCCAAAACCCAUGGCAUGUUGGUCCGCUCCGCAGAGGCUGCGUUACUGCCGACGUCGUGGGUUUGGCCUCAUUCGGGAGGGCGGCUCAAGUUUCUACCAUAAGAGCAAGCGUUUAACUAAUUCCUAGCAUUGUUGCCUCAUGACUGCCAACCAAAUCCAUGGCACGCUGCACGGGCUUCAUGCUAAGAGCAUCUUCAGCCAAGCCUCCAAGACACUUUUCUUAGUCGAUUUUUUGGCGUCAGCGUAUAAAAAUCGGCUCAGUCACGUUUCCAGAAGUCUAAUUUUCGCCGAUUCGGACCGAAAUUGACGUUGGCGAACCCAAGCCGAACCCGACGCGCUGGGGGCGAUCGGGGGCGCCGGGCGAAAUGGUUUUGGCGCAAAAGAGCCGCGGGCCCGCCGAGUCAGCGACACUCGCCUCGUCGUCCCACGAACGCCUCGGUUUUCCGCGGGAAAUCAAUGCCAAAGCUACUGCCGGUCAGCCUUCCAUUGAUUCCUUACGGGGCGGCUCUUCACGGACGGCGCGACGCCGCCUCACUCCCCGCCCCGCGUACUCACGCCUCCCCGGCGGCUAUAAAAAGCAUCACCCCACCCCCGCCGUUGACCACAGACGCCGUGCUCCCUGUCUCUCUCUAGCGCCGCCGAACCUCUCUGUCUCUCUCUCCGCCGCCGACGAAUCUCUCCUCUCUCCCAGCCCAUCCACGACAAUGUGCGAGCGGUUCCCCGGCGACGGAGCGGCGGCCAACGGCUUCGCCGCCGCUCGCUGCAGACGUGGGAGGCGUACCUGCUAUUCAAGGCGAACAUUCCGGCGCCUCCAGACAUGCGCGCUGGGCCAACAGGAUGGAGGCUCAGCGCCGGAGGCGUCCCCAUCCCCCCUGCCGGACGUCGUCGCGCGCCCCGAUCACUUCGCCGGCGAGGUCGACCGCGUUCGGUCGUCGCUGACCGAGGAGCAGCGCGCCUCCCCACAGUAUGCCAGCGACAACCACGAGACGUGGGCGGCGUACUUCCAGCACCGUCAGGAGCAACGCCUCGCCUCCUCCAACGGGGCACCGGUGGUGGCGGGCGGCCGGUGGAAUAGCGAGGGGCAAUGACUGUGGUGGUCCGUCCCCGGCCGGAUGCUCCGCGAGGUUCUCGCGCACCUCGAGGGCGGCAACAACCCGCCGCUCACAUACCCUCGAGGGCCGGCCGCCGCUCCGGUGCCCCGCCGUGCAAUGGAUGCCAAGGAGGUUCGUCUCCGGCUCGUCAUCCUCGUCCCGUUCCUCCUCCCACUCCUCGUCCCACUCCUCUGGUUCUCCUGCGGUGUUCGGCGUCAAGGCCGAGCCCGCAGCGGAGACCCCGCUCGGCCGGCGCACCCGCCCGGCCGGCAUCAUCAUCAACGAAGGCGGCGGCCGCGCCUCGUCCUCGGCCCCUCCCCGACUCGUCAAGCCGAAGACAGAGCCAGGGCUCCCCGUCGUGAAGACGGAGCCCCGGCUCGCCGGCGGCGUGAAGGAGGAGGCGCUCGACAACGAGGCAGCCCUCAAAUGGGCGCGCGACGACUGGCUGCAGGCGGAGAAGGAGCGCCAGUGCGCCGCCCUCGCGCGGUUCGAAGCUCGUCCCCGUGGCUGUGACGAGGGAGGUAUCGUCGUCCUCGAGGACAGCGACGACGAUGAUGACGCGCCGCCACCGCCUGUCCACCAUGGAGACGCCGGACAGGGGUCCAGCAGGGGCGGCCGCGCCAUCAAGAAGGAGAAGGCCGCCGACGACGAUGACGACAUCGGCGACUUCGUCGCGCUGAUCGAGUUCUUCGCCCCAUAGAUUAGUUUUUUUUAAUAAUUUAUGUAAAACGCCGAACAUGUUUAAUAUGAAUAUUAAGUUUGCCGAAUUUUAGCCGAACUUCGCCGAAUUCAGCUUUUAAAAAAAAAUAAAAAACGCGUCCGGGGUGACCCUGGGGCGAGCGGCUGGGAACCCGCUCGCCCCCGCGCCGAUUUAAGCGCGGCUCGCCUCCAGGGGACACGUAAAAUCGCUCUCUGAGGGGCCAACGGUUGACGAUGCUCUAAGGUUUAUAAGCACGAAGCAGUAGAGAGUGGAGGCUGCAUAGCUUUUCUUACGGAGGAAGACUGCAUAACCCUGUCCAUCUUUCAGUUGGCAAGGAGCAUCUUAUCACUAGAGCUUUAUCCUCAUUAGCGAAAUUUCACCCACCAACUCCCUCAAAAAAAGAAAAAGACCUACCAACUGGUGGUACGAUUCUAGCCACGUUCCACGUGCCUCUCGUGGCCUACAAAGGCCAUGCAUGCAACAUUGGUCCUUCCCUAGUGUAGUGUAGUGUGGUAGUACCACACGUCCAAAUCAGCCGGACUCACCCCGGGCCACAUCACGAAAGAGCAUUUGAUUCCCUUGGGAAAAAGAGGAAACCCCGUCGCAUCGCAUGCUGCCCGUCUUCUUCGUCCUUUCGAUCGUGGCAUCAGACAGAGAACGUAGUAUCAAAGCAUUGAGCGUGGGGGGGAGAUACACGUUGAGGCUCGACGGAGACCUCACAGACCAGGUGUGAUUCCCGCCGCAGCCGGCCGACCUUGACGCGCUCCUGAUCCGAGAAGCCGAUCGACCGACGUCGCCAUGUCACGGAAGUCAGAACAAGCUGAGUGGCCGAAUCCCCAAUUCCAAUUCCCCAUCGGUUUGCCGUCCCAAUCGGGCAAAUUCGGAGCGAUUUGCGAGGGCGCAGUAGAUGCCUUUGCGAGAGCGAUCGCCACCAAUCUGCUUGCCAAUGGCAUGCAAGCAUUCACACGCGAUGCCUCUGACCGAACAGAAAUGGAUCAACGUGUCGACUACCGAGCAUAUGCUACGUAGGAGUAUGCCCGAAGCUUAGUGAAACAAAAGUGUAACGAGGGUGCGUACGUUCCACUAGAAAUUUCGGACCUUGGGUCAGGUGAGAUGCACGGUUGGAGUCGUGGAGCCUCUCGUUUCGGUGGCGGCGCCUGUUCCACCGUACUACUACUAGCUCGCAUAAUUGAGCUUUUUGCCGCGCUGUGCAGAUCAAAGCUUGCGCUGCGCCUUUUUCGGAUGCAUGAAUGGCCCUGCUUUCGGGAUUAAAAGCUCUCGGGACCAAUUCAUGGAGCGAUGGCUGGCUGUGGUCUGGUCCCUGUCCAACUUAAGCACCGCCUUUUUCUUUCCUUUUUUCUCGUAAGAUCGGGCUCAUGAUAGAGAGAAAUGCAAGGGAAAGGACGCGCUACAGUACAAAAUGCAACAGUGGCUCUCGCCAUCUAACAUGAUCCCCUAACAGAAAACGAGCGGAGCCCCAUUUGUUUUUUCGCAACAGCCAUAUGUAAAUUGCUUGAAUUUGCAACUCGGGUAAGUGGGGUCGGGAAGAAGACGACGCGCAGCCCUAAGGCCGAAGAUGGCGCCCCCGUGGCGAGGUGCGGUGAUGUCGAGGAGGCCUUGGACAGGAGCAACCCGAAGCACAUAUAGGGGGCUCGAGGGUUGACUGGUUCAGAUGGGUGUAUGGGCUCGCUGGAGAAAUCUGGUGUCCGGGGAGGUUCAAAGGGGUGGCUGGGGAAUGCGGCAGCACGACGGUGGGGGAGGUCACGAGGCGCACAUGGUAGCAACAGGCGUCCCAGCCGACGCUGGAUUAGGCGGACCGAAAUAGGUGCGGUCGGGAGGUUGAGGUCUUGUGGCGCCGCCGUGGCACCUCGAAUCCUUUUGGUGAACUCGCUGCCGUGACAUGAGCCUUUGAGGCGCAAUGUACUCCGUUGGUGGCGACUCUUGGACAACGCCUUCGUUGGGCCCGACUAGUUUCUGCUGACCACUUGCAAUUACUUGGCGCUUGGGUGCAGGGUACGUUGAUCCAGUUUGGCCUCAUGGUUUGGUCGUGCUUCCGGUUGGCCCGGCUUUGGUUGUGGUGUGGUCUUUUGUGUUAUGUGUCCUAUGAGAUGGGCUAGGCGUGUUUAGUUUGAUGUGUGUUAGAGGGCUCAGCACCCCUUGUUCUGCUGAGCCCAACUGAGUGUGGUGCCUCCCUUCUUAUCUGUAUGAUUGUUCUCUCUUACCUAUCAAUGAAAAUAUGCAAUCCUUGUA